GCGGGGCCAGGGCUGGCAGGCGAGCGGAAGCGGCCCUGGCUGCUCGGUGAGGCGGAGUGGCGGCCGGUGUGGAUCCCCAGCAGCCGGGAGACGCCGCGACGACCCGGGCGGACGCUGAGUUGGCAGCAACCGCCUGCUGUGGCUUUCCCUUCCUCGUGCCGCCGCGGACGCCGCCGGAGGACGCGGCCCUGAGCGACAGGCCUAGGCGCGGCCUGCGGAGCCCGUGAGUAAAACGAGCGCCCUCUCCGCCGUCGUUGACGCGUUAAGAUGGAGGAGAUUUCCUUGGCCAACCUGGAUACCAACAAGCUGGAGGCCAUCGCUCAGGAGAUCUAUGUAGACCUGAUCGAGGAUUCGUGCCUGGGAUUCUGCUUUGAGGUGCACCGGGCCGUCAAAUGUGGCUAUUUCUACCUGGAGUUCGCAGACACCGGGAGCGUGAAGGAGUUUGGCCUUCAGCCGGUGGAAGACAAAGGAGCGUGCCGCCUCCCGCUCUGCUCCCUUCCCGGGGAGGCCGGGAAUGGGCCCGACCAGCCGCUGCAGCGCUCCCCGCCCGAAUUCCAGUAGUAGCUGCAGCAGGAGAGAGAGACUGGUCCCUUGGCUUGGAGGAGUGAGCGAAGUAGAUAAGGAAACCGGACAAAAGUCCCAGUUUUCUUGAAAGAUCUUAACAUUUCAAAACCCACAAGUUGGAGAAUUUAGGGAUAUCAAAUCGUUUUUUUCUUUUUCCCUUUUUUUUUUUUUCCGUUAUGCUCCCUGGCGCCCACUGUGAGACCCAGGGCAGGAGGGCAAGCCCAGCUUAGGCACUGUGCGGUGUCUGGUGGAUGUGAGACACACGGGGUGUGCACAGGAUCUCUCUCCUGGCCCCCAGUACGGAGGUGGGCGGUCGUGUGCCCAGGGUGCAGGCCUUUGCCUCCCUGGCCUGAUGUCAAGGGCCUCUGGGACGUUGGGACAGUCCUGGUGGCUGGGCCAUGCUCACCGAACUUCCGUGGGACUGCUGCGCUCUGGUUGUGUUUGGCAGACAAGUGAAAACCACCUAAGAGAGCUGGAUACUAACCGCUUCAACUGGAAAGGAAAAGAAAGACUUUGGCAGCAAAACUCUAACCUUGACUCUCACAAGAAGACAAAGUCAAAAAACCACCUGUUGACCAGAGGCCCAGCAUUGAGCGUGAUGUCACGGACUUGGAGACGAGGAUAGCUUUUUUGGCUGAGCACAGAGCCCUCUUUCUUGGCCUCCCAAAUGGCACUGGCCCUCACACUGGGGCAGCUUGUUGUCGGGAUAGGCUGAGGAGUCCAUUGUGAUUCUUCUGGGAGGUUGCAGAGAUCUCUGCUAAUGGGCACCAUCUCUCCAGCAGCAAGAUUCCUAUCUAGAUGUAUUUUGGCAUGGAGCUAGUUUGGUGGGGCCGUCUUUUCCUAUGCUUGAGUUACUGGCUACGUAGCUGCUCUGUGGGUUUCACUUGAUCAUUAUGACAGGAGCAGGACCAAACUCUAAAGGAAUAUCCUGGCAGUACAGGAGGCUGUAGUUUGAAAACAACCCCACAGGGACCUCUUGCAGCUUUUCUCAGUAAUGUGGAUGGGCUAGUGCUAGAAGCCAACGAGCAGGGCUGAGUCAUUUCUUAUCGGACUGUUAGAAUCCUGUUGAAUGUCCCUGUUUCCUUUGGUGGGAAGUCAGGUUUGCUAUAGUCAGACUUUUUUGCUUGAUUUGAUUGCCUCUCAGAAGUGACAGUCCUUUCCAUUUGGUCUCCUUUUGGGCCUCUCUGACAGUAAGAGUUGCAGCUUUGUUAUUGGAAGUGAGGGAAGGACCUCUAGAUUCCCUUAACAUCAAAGAGUGGAAUGGGGAGGGAGGGAGGGAACAGGAAAUAGGAACCCUGUAUCAAAACUACUUGACUUCCUGAGUGAAGGGUUACAAAGCAUAGACAGAUGGGAGCUCCGAGGCGAGCUGGAACGGUGCUGCUUUAUUUGAAAUGUUUUCUUACCUCAUUCUGUGCCCCAGUCAGGGGUCCUGCCUCAUCUGCUGGCUUGGCCCGCCCUUCCUCCUCUUCCCUGCUUCACUGCCUGUCUGGUGCAACUCAUGACUCCAGGUGCUGCUUGCCAUUCCAGCUUUCAUGUUGACUGGUUUCAGUUCAUCUCUUGAUUCUACUUAGGAAGCUUGCACAAUUUCUUGCAAGAUUUUUGUUUUGUUGACUUGCAUUUGUGAACAGGUCAGAGGCGAAUUUUACCUGCUCCCUGUUUCGGGAUUAGAAUGGGAUAAUAACCUAAUUUUUUGUAUUUAAAAGGUGGUAAGACUAAGCAUUUGUCCUCCAUGGGACUGACUACAUUGCUAGUGUGUCCUCCUGUUGUGUUUUCCUGAGGAGCUAUGUUUUCUCACCUCCAUUGAAUUCUGCCCUUCCUCUCCAGACCCAAGGAGAAGCGUGGUAAAGGCUGAUGAAGGUGCAGUGGGUUGGAGUUGGUCCUGAUGCACUCUAACCCAUGCAGGGCAUGUACAGUUCUUAGCCCAGGAGGAACUGUUUGGAGUGCAUGAACUGGUUAGAGUUGCAUACUCUGCAAGAGAUCCAUUAUUUGCCUUCUGUCAGUAGAAUUGUUCUUAAUAGGAUUGGGAACUCAUUACAGAUUAGACUUAAAUUCAGGAAUUGUAGUAGCUUUAAAAAGUCAAGUCUAAACAGGAGCUAAAAUUAUCUCAGUUUAUCUUUGCCACUGACUUUGCAGAUAAGUAAGAGGAUACAAAAAGGAGAGUCUAAGACUCUGCUACUUCCAAACAAUGGUUUUUGGUAGCAGGGUGAAGGCAAGUGGGGAAGGCCUUUGGUCUACUCUGUUCCUUCUGAUAGAAAACUGAUAAUUGCAUUAAUGUUAAUUUUUUGGCCUUUUCCCCCUUAGGAUGAAAAGGGGCAAUGGGAUGUGGCUUUGAAUAAUGGUUUGUUUGCAUUACCUUCCAGUUCUUUUUUGUUCCGUGUCACCCCACCAUUAGAGCACUAGCCCUCCAUCCUUGCUGGGUUGAGGUGGUCUUAGUGCAACAGAUUCCCUGAGGAGACAUAAUCCUUUCUGAGGAGAAAAAAGCUCCCUACCAUGGUAGUUCACAGUGGUUAAGAACACUCCUUUUCCCUUUCUGCCUUUCCUCUAAUAGAAUACCUAUCCUUCCCUCUUGAAUUAAGUGUAUUGAGUACCCUGUAAUCCUGUCACGUAUCUGAGUGAGACAGAGAAAGAGUGAGUGUGUGUGUAUGUGUCUGUGUGUGUUUAUGGGGGAAAGGGGUUCUUUAAAAUUUCUGUGGUUUGUGGCUUUU